AUGGCUACUAUUGAAAAAAGUAACAAAAAUGUUGAACUUGAUAAAGAAGCUUUUUACAAAAAUGAGAAAAAAAGUAAGGCUAAUAAAAUAGAACAGGUACAUGGUAAUGAUGAAAAAAAAGAAGUCGAGAUCACCAGUUUUCACAAUGUAGAAAACAAAAUUGAAAACAAUGUAGACAUGUAUGGCAUAAAUUUAAACAAAAAUGAUAUACACAUGAACAACAAUAAUUACAGUAGCAAUGUUAUAAAAACGAAUAAUGAAAUGGAGGAGGAAAGAAAAACCGGUUUGAAUGAAAACAAAAGCAAUUAUGAAACAGAGGAGGAAAACUUACUAAAUGAUGAAGGGAACUUAUCAGAUGAAGGGGAAGAAGUAGAGGAAGAAAAUGUUAUUGAGAAAGAUCUUAUACUUCAACGAUAUAAACAUGGUACCAAUAUAUAUAUAAAUCUCUCUGAGAUAAAAAAAAAGUGUAUCCUAAUUGACUUUUACUCUGAAUGUUUAAAUAAAUAUAAAAAUGAAUGUAGUUUUGUAUACUAUCAAAAUUAUAACAGCAAUAGUAAUGUAAUAAUUAACGAAAAUGUGGACAUGAUGAGACAUGUACAUAGCAUAAAUUUUUCAUGUGAAAAUCUGGAUAGUUUAAGUAACAUGCCCAUUUCGAAUGAUAAAUGUGUAAUUACUAAAAAUAAAAAUAUAUCAAAAUUUUCAAACAACUUACAGAUGGGCGUAGGUACAUUUUCUAUACCAGGUGAAGAUUACAAAGGAUUCAAUCUUCAAAAAAAAAAGCAAGAAUCCUUAGACCCCUUGUUAAAAUGCAUAAACUCGUUAUCGGAUAGAAUAAAUCUGCAACAUCUAGUGGGGGAUCCUACAACAUAUUUUAAAAUUGGUGGCGGUGACAUGUUCUAUGAUAUUAAUGAUCCAUUUUUGGAUGACGAAGAAAUGUAUAAAGAAUUGAAUAAAACAAAAAAUGAAAUUAUAUUAACAAGGCAGAUAGAAGAUGAAUAUAGUGUAUGGAGUGCUGAUAUGUCAGAUGAUUAUGUUGAUAUAAAUCCGGAUUAUUUUAUUUCAUUUUAUAGCUCUAAAUGUAAGUAUGUUUAUUCAAGUGAUGAAGAAGACGAAGAAGAAAAUAAAAAACUAAAAACUAAAAAUAACCAUACAAAUGUAGAAGAAUAUAAUAAGGAAAAGUAUAUAAAUGAUUUGAAAGGCAAAGAAAAAAAGAUUGACAUGGAGAGAAAAAAUAUAGCAUAUAAUGGGUACAGCUGCGCAAAUGAAAAAAAUGUGGACAAUAGUACACAUAAUGGAGUAUAUAAAUGGUACGAUUCCUACACAUCUAGUUCCUCUAAUUCAUCUGAUGAAAGUGUAGUAGAAUUAAAUGAAUCACAAAUAGAUGUAAUAAAUUAUGAACAAAAUUUAAAGGAUUUUAUCAUAUAUUCAAGUGAAGAAGAAGACGAAACGUCCUCUUCUGAAGAUGAAGAUGGUGAAAACUCACAAGAGUCAGAAACAUCGGAAGAAGAUAUUAUAUUCAAUCCUUUUGCUUGGAAAAAAUUCGAAAGGCAUAUCCCCCCCGAAUUUAUAAACUCUUUUGUAAAAUUAGAAAAAGAGUUAGAUGCUUUACCAAUAGAGGUAAAUAUAGCAGAUAUACAAGACAUUAUAAAAGCAAAUAUUUAUAACAUAUUUUCUCAAGUCAUCGAUAAACACAAGAACACGUUAAAUUAUUUUGAUAAAACUUUAGAUGAUUUUAUCGAAAUAGAUGUAAAACAAUUAAGAUGGCUUACAACCAUCAUGAACAAAACAUCAAACACUCUUAAUGACAUAGAUAUUUGUAGAAUAUGGUUCGAACAUAUUUUUUCCUAUAACAGUAAUGUUUUUAUAAAUCACGAAAAAGAAUUCAUCAGAAAGAUAAAGAAUUCGCAAAUUUUCGAAAAAAAUAAUAAGACACAUUUGAAUAACAUUCUUAAGGAUAUAUCUUCUUGGAGGUCUUAUCAAGAAAGUAAGGAAAAGUUGAUACGAGAAAACGUAGAGACAGGUCCCAUUGGAGGAACUGGUAAUAUUAAUUCUAACGCUGGCUGUUAUAAUGUUGCUGAAUCAAAGAAUUCUAAUCGAAACGUGAAUUCAUCAACCCAUAAUAUGGGCACUAAAAGUAGCACAUUGAAUCGAGGAACAAACAGCACAACUGAAGGAGUCAUUUUGAGUGUGAACAAAUUGAACAUCGAAUGUACUGUUAAUCAAAGUAAGAAUGAUGAUAAUUUAAGCAGAACUAUAGAACGUGACAAAAAUGUUAUCAGUAAUAUCGAGGGAAAGUGCAAAGAAUUAUCUGAAAAUGCGAAAAAAUUAUAUGGAAAUGAAGUAUACAUAGAGGAGCAGAAGAAUACCAAUUGUGGUCUACAGAACAAGGAAAUAUUUGGUAAGAUGGAGGAGAAGGUAGAUAAUAAUGUUCAGGUGAAGAGGUGUGAAAAUUCAGAAAAUGGUGUGCUUUGCGAGAAGAAUGAAGAAUCCAUUUUCAGCACUUAUUUCGUUAAGAAUAACAUAAUAAAGAAGGAAUUAGGAAAAGAGACAGAAAGAGGAAUUGAAAAUGUAAAAUUAGUUAAUAUAAAGAAUGAGGAAAUUGAUGGAAAAAACAAGCAUUCAUCUUUGCACUUUUCAAAUAAUAGUACUAUCGAACAAGUGGAUGGAGAAAAAACCGUUUAUAGCGAUUACAGUUCUGCACAUAAUAAUAAUGGUUUAUUAAAAAUUGAUUGUGUUGAAUGUAAUAUUGUAGAUGAUGAUGGUGGUGAUGGUGAUAAUCAUAAUGAUCAUAGUAUUAUAGCAAAUUCAAAUGAUGGGUCGACUAAUAAACAAAAAAGGAAAAACAGAAAUGAGAAUAAGUUAGCAAUGGGAGUAGAAUCCCUAGCCCCAAACGCAGCUUCAAUGACUAUGAUAAAGGGAUCAAAAACAACGGAUAUAGAAAAAAGUAAAGGAAUUUGUAAAAAUAAUGAAAACCAUACAGAUCACGAAGAUGUGGCAAAAACAUGUAAAAAUAGCAACAUGAAUAGUAAUAAUCAAAAGGAUGAUUACAAAUGGAUAGAGAAUUUUUUUAAACAUUUUAUAGAUAUUUCAUACGACAUUUUAAAUUAUAUAAAAACAUUUAUUAAACAGAAAUGCUUGUUAAAGGAUAUGAUAUCAGCUGGUUUUGAAGCACUUGUAGAAAAACAAAAUAAACAUUUUGUUAAAUUUCCUCAUAUGACCUUGUCCGAAAUACUAACAAAUUUAUUUAAUUUUAGAUACAAAACGAAUAUUAUAAUUAGUCCAGAUUAUGUUGAAGCCCUUGUAGAUUUUUAUCAAGGUAAGUACAAAAUUGAUAUAUCAUAUGACAAAGGGAAAAACAAAAAAGUAUUUCUUUUCGAUACUAAUGAGAUGCACAAAUUGAAUAAUGCAUAUUAUAGAAAUAAACAUAAUGCAAAAGACAAAGUUAUACCCCAUGAUAAUGAAAAUUGUAAAGAUGAACAUAAAAUCAAAGGUGGUAAAAUUGAGCUCGAUGAAAAAACAAGCUAUAAAAAAGGUGUUAAUGAUAAUAUUUCUAAUAAUGAACUCAUGAUGUCCCAUCAACACAAGGAUCGUUCCCUAAAUACAACGAAUAAGAAACAAUCUUCUUUAAAAAAUGAUUCCUCAGGUAUUAUCCCUAUUAUGAGUUCCUCUACAAACUCACCUAUAGUUACUGCAACUGCUGGGGCUGCUACAGAUGGAACAAACAAAAGUUCGAACAAGAAAAGAUUAAGUGAAUCUACUAAACAUAACCUUUUGAAAGAAACGAACACUUUGACAAAAAAAAAAUCGAAUAAAAUUUUAUCCAAUGAUUUACCAAAAAAAAAUGGGGAUAAAAAGAAAAACAACAAAAAUGAAAAGAAAAAUUGCAAUACUACUCAUAUAAUUAUUUGUUCAGACAAUGAGGAAUCUGAAGAGGAACAAUCACCACCACAUAAGAAGGUGCAAAAUAUACAGGGUAAUAAAAACCAAUAUCGAAAUAUGAAUAUGUUAAUAGAAAAUAUAACUAAGAAGAAAUGCAGUGCCAAUAUUACUACCCCAACCGAUAGUAUGAUAAUCAGCAAUCAUUUAACAAAGGAUCAGCGUAGGGGUAAUUGCACCAGCGGUUACGUUGAUCCACACAAGGAAAGGACACCCAGCAUGUCCAACAGCGUUCAUGGAAAAAUUCGUAGCAACACGUGCAGUAACAUGUAUGGAGGCUUGAACAGCAACAUGUAUAGCAAAACGCAAGGCAACAAUAAACUGCAAACAAUUCGAAACAUUUUCAGUAAUUCCUCCACUAUUAACAAUAAUAAGCUGAACAACAACAGCAAUAGCAUAUACGCAAAUCAGAAAAAAAAAGGAAAUGAAGAAAAUCUGUUAAUUAUUGGAGAUGAGCAAAAAAACCUAAAUUCGAAUCACAUUCGAAACGAAAAAAUGAAAUUAUAUAAAAAAAGGAAAUUGAAAAAUGAUUAUCCGUGUGGUAAAAAAAGUGCACAUACCAACAUACAGAAGCAUAACAAAAUCAACGAAAAAAUGAAAGGAAAAAAUAUGCACUCAAAUGAGAAUUCUGCAGUGCGCAAGUAUAUUAAUCUCGACACUUCCGACGAAAACAAAUCGUGA